AUGGUCCCGAGCAAGCAACACAAAAGGGUUAUAAGCCUCGAGAUUGAUUCACGUAAAAUCCGAGAUGGGUCUGUCGAGCCGACAGCUAGUACCACUCCUCAACGAUACCAGUUAACCCGAGAUGACCGGCUUCAAAUUCAAGUACUACGAACGUAUGCCGGGUUGACAUAUGAACAAAUUGCUCAGCGUACGGGUUUUACUAUACGCCAAGUUCAAUCAGCUUGCCAGGCAAACCAUCCAACGCCUCAAAAGAGGAAGGGGAGAUCGUUAUUCCUGAAAUCUGAGGAAAUUGAUAGGCUCAUUGAGUAUGUGACUCGAUCUCGCUAUACUCGCCGCCUCUCCUACUCAGAGUUAGCACUACAUCUUAAUUUAAAUUGUUCUAAAUUGGCGAUUAAGUCAGCGUUGAAUUCCCGGGGUUAUUUUCGAUAUCUUGCUUGCCGGAAGCCACCGCUCUCGCAGAUUAAUAAAACCAAACGACUUACAUGGGCUGAAGAGCAUAUCAAUUGGACAUUAAAUCAAUGGAAAACUAUACUGUGGACGGAUGAAUCCUGGGUAUUAAAAGGUCGACAUACUCGUACUUGGGUUACUCGGAAAAAGGAUGAGGUUUUUGAGGAUACGUGUAUAGUUGAGCGCCGCGUUCGCAGUAAAGGUUGGAUGGAUGGUGCUCCAGGCCAUGGAGCUCAGGCAACACAGAAACGAAUUCGGGAGCAUGGAAUCAAUAUGAUACAUUGGCCUCCAUUCUCCCCAGACUUGAAUCCUAUUGAAAUGGGUUGGAAUUGGAUGAAAGACUUCAUACAAGCGAACUUUCCGGAUAAUUUGAAUGCGAAUGACCUAAGAAUUGCACUGAAAGAGGCUUGGGAAGCGCUCCCAGAGAGUUUUUUGGAAGAAUUAAUCGAAUCCAUGCCAGAACGCUGUAAGGCAAUUAUUGAAGCGAAGGGAGGGUAUACUCGAUAUUAG